AGCCCUAUUUUGUAUUUUAUUUAGAGACGGGGUCUUACUGAGUUGCUUAGCACCUCACUUUUGCUGAAGCUGACUUUGAACUCCUGAUCCUCCUGUCGGCCUCCUGAGCGUGCCCCCCGCCCCCACUCUACAGGUUCCGGCUUGCAUGCCCUGAGAAUUUAGGAAAACCGAGAGCCUGAAAGUGGGGGAAGGAAAGAGGACUUUCCAACGCAAUAGCCUACUGACUCGAACCUUAUCCCUAGUGUUUGGUCUCAGUAGUCGUAACUCGGGGAUCGACUUCCAAACAGCUCCCACGCCUCUGAGAGGGGUAUGUAACAAUCUGGGCUUAGAAGCGAGUUGCCAAAGAACACAGCGGCCUGUAGGACAGCAUCGAGAACACGAUUGGAGCUCCUCAGCUCCCGGGGAGGUGUGUCACUGUCCGAUUUAGGCAGUGCGAACUCCAGCAUCCGGGUCGUGGUUUCCGGCGCGUGCGCGCGGUUGCUGUGGAAACACGGGCGUGGCCGGCGCUAGGGUGGUGUUCAGAAGCGCGCGAAGCCCAAAGAGUGGCGGGGGCUGCGCGGGCCUGAGGGAACCCCAGGAAUCCGCCCGCUGUUGCCGCGACUUCUAGGUGCCAGGCCAGAGAUCUCGGCUUCUUCAGACCCUCCGGCCUCCUGCCUCCAGUACCAUUCCACCGGUCUGGUGCCGAGCCUACGCGAAUUUCAUUAGCGCGCAGGGAUCCGAAUUGGGUAUUGGAGAUCAGACUCAAUGGUGCUGUAUGUCUCAACUCUUUUUUAAAAAAAUGUGAGCAGGGUCUCACUAAAAUUGUUCAAGCUGGCCUUGAAUUUGCCAUCCUCUUGCCUCAGCUUUCUGAUGAACUGGAAUUAGAGUUAGAUGGGGAAUAUAAAAAACUGAUUCAUUAGUAAUCUGCUAACUAAGAAGUAUAUUAUCAAGCCACUGGUUGAAUUUUCAUCAGAAGGAAUUAAUGAGAGAAUGGAAAAGAAGGCCAAUUCCAGAUCUUUUAGGGAUGGUUUGGUUAAGAAACCUUGUUCUCCAAAGUCACUAUCCACCAAGAAGUCUUCUGCCUUCUUUGGAAUCCAGAGAAAGUUACCCGGAACUAGUUGUCCAGUGCAGUAUCCUGCUUUACGUUCUUGGACCCGACGAGGCCGGUUGAGAGAACUUCACAUCAGAUGUGUGGCCAGAAAGUUCUUGUAUUUGUGGAUUCGAAUGACAUUUGGAAGAGUAUUUCCAUCUAAAGCCAGGUUUUACUAUGAGGAGAGACUACUACGGAAAGUCUUUGAAGAAUGGAAAGAAGAGUGGUGGGUUUUACAUCGAGAAUGGAAACUCUGUGUUCGAGCCAACUGUCACUAUAGAUAUUACUUGUACAACCAAAUGUUCCAGAAUUGGAAGAUCUAUGUGCAUCAGCAGCAAGAGAUGAGGAACAAGUACAUUAGAGCCGAGGAUCAUGAUGCAAAACAAAAGAUGCGAAAAGCCUGGAAAUCCUGGUUGAUUUACGUGUUUGUUCGUAGAACCAAACUACAGAUGCAGACCAUUGCUCUGGAGUUUAGGCAACGGAGUAUCUUACACUACACUGACUUGGAUUUGAAUCCCUGUUUCAACAUACAUUAUUGGGACACUUCACUUCUGGUAUGGUGGAGCAAGUGGAGAUGGCAACUAGGACAGGCCUACAUGACCCACGUUCUGGAUGCCACAGCUAUAAAGCAUAGGGCCUUGAGCCUCCAGCUACAGGUUUGGUCAAGGUGGCAGGAGCAGCUUCUUCAUUGCCAGAGGGAGAGACAGAAGGUGGUCUCUGCAGUACGACAUCAUCAGUGCUGGCAAAAACAGACAUCACUGAAGGCCUGGCUUGAAUACCUGCAUAUGCGCAGAGUGAAGAGACAGCAGAAUAAAGUGGCAGAGCAAUUCUACCAUAUCACUGUGCUCCAGAUAUACUUCUGUGACUGGCAAUGGGCCUGGCAGCAGAGGCAGAAUUUGUAUGCCCAUCAGGCCCUGGUGGAGGAACUGGCCAGGAGGAUGGCCCUUCGGAGGGCUUUCAUACACUGGAAACACUAUGUGCUGCUAUGUGCAGAAGAAGCUGCUCAGUUAGAUGCAGCAGAAGAGUACCACCGACGCAGCCUGCUGUAUUUUUGCUUUAGAGCCUUGAAAGACAAUGUGACCCAUGCUCAUCUCCAGCGAAUAAGAAGGAAUCUUGCUUACCGGCAGCAUGAUAUCAUGCUGUUGCGCAGGUUCUGGAACCUCUGGCAGUCUCAGAUUGAGCAAAAGGAGGAAAGAGAGCAUCAUUCCUUACUGAAUGCAGCCUGGGGUCACUACAGGGUAACAUUGCUGCACAAGUAUAUCAAAUUGUGGUUACAGUAUAUGCAGAAGAGAAGAUACAAACAGCUCCUGCAGGCCAGAGCAGACAGUCAUUUCCAACAUAGAACCCUGCCCGCUGUCUUCCACACAUGGAGUAGACUCUGGCGACGACACCAGCAGGAAAGUAUCCUCAAUGCAAGAGCAGCACGUUUUCACAGGGAGACAUUAGAAAAGCAAGUGUUUGCUAUCUGGUGGCAGAAGAUGUUUCAGCAUCGAGAAAACCGCUUGGCAGAGAGAAUGGCCAUCCUUCAGGCAGAGCAGCAGCUUCUUCGUAGGUCCUGGUCCACCUGGCAACAGCAGGCAGCAGCACGUCACCAAGAACAGGAGUGGCAAGCAGUGGCCUGUGCCCACCACCACCAUCGACAGCUCAGGAACGUUUUCCACACAUGGAGGGAGAGUGCCCAAGGGCUCAGAACAGAGAGGCUGGGCAGGAUGCUGGCUGCAGAGUUCUACUUGGUACGGCUCCUGCGUUGGGCCUGGAACAGGUGGAGGGAGUGCCUGACCCUGCGGGCCACUGAGCAACAGAAGCUGAUGCGAGCAGACCUGCAUGGCCGGCGUGCUACCCUGCACAGGGCACUGCAGAAGUGGCUGGCUUACCAGGGCAGGGUACAGAGCAUCCUACAGGAGGUGGCAGCCAGAGAGAGCCAGUACAACAAGCAACUGCUGGGAUGGGUGUUACGUCGUUGGAGAGAGAACACAGUGGCCCGUGCGGAUGAGGCCAGAAAAAUCUUGCAAGCAAGUGCCCACUAUAGAAGGACCAUGUGUUCCAAGGUCCUGGUCCAGUGGCGGAAGGUAACUUCAGUGCAGAUAUAUAACCGACAGCAGAAGGCAGAUGUCCUCAGAGAGGCUCGGAAGAUCCUAGAUAGGGGAUAUCUCCGGACCUGGUUUCAGAACUGGCGAGAUUGCAGCCAGAGAGCAGCCCAACAGAGAGCCCAGCUGGAGAGAGCAGCCCAGCAUCACCGACGGCAGCUGCUGCUAAAGGGGGUGGCAUGGUGGAAGGUGUACCAUCUUGGGUGUGUCAGAAAAAAGCUUCUGCAGAUGCAGGGCACCCAGCUCCUGGUGCAGAGACUCAGCAGGGCCUGCUUCUGCCAGUGGAAACAGCAGCUGGUGGCCAGGAGACAGGAACAGCAAAGUACAGCACGAGCCCUAUGGUUCUGGUCCUUCUCCUUACAGGCAAAGACUUGGGCUGCAUGGUUGGGCUUUGUGGUGGAGAGGAGGAGGAAGAAGGUGCGGCUGGAGCGGGCAGUGCAGGCCUACCACCAGCAGCUCCUCCAGGAGGGUGCCACACGGCUCCUGCGCUUCACAGCCAGCAUGAAGGCCUCCCGGCAGCAGCUGCAGGCCCAGCAGCAGGUCCAGGCAGCCCACAGUCUCCACCGUGCAGUCUGCCAUUGUGCUAAGCUCUGGAAACAGAAGGCACUGGGCCCAGGCAAGGAGUCUCGGCCCCCAGCGCCCAUCAUAACCAGCAGGAGAGUAACAUUUGAGGGUCCCCUUCUUGAUCGCAUUGCUGUUGGGGCUGGGGAUGCCUUCCUGGAGACCAAGAGACCGUCAGCUCCUCAGCCUCAGGGAGUCCUGAGCAGCCUACCGCUGGCUGCUGGGGAGCCCCACCUCCUGGAGCUCAAUACUGCUCGCUUAGGGAGGAAGCAACCCCGACGCCCACACUUCUUGCUGGAGCCCAUGCAGAGCCAGCGGUCUUGGGGGUGUGUCCCCCUCAGGGGGCAAGGGCCUGGGAAGCCUCAGGAACAGGGCCAAGAUGGGGCCCAGCCUGCACACCUUUCCCUGAGGAGGCCUUUCCUGCCUGAGGGCCUGCCUUGUGCCCCUGUCUCAAAGCUUCCCACUGUAGUAGGUCUGGGCCCAGAACUGCUGCCUCCUUCCUCCAUGUCCUAUGGGGCAGAAGCAUUGACCAGGGUGUCACAACAGCCCACCAAUCCUGGGCUUAAGCCCCAGGGAUCCCCAUCUCUGGCCAGUGGCCCUGACUCCCAUGUGCUUCUCCCUGGGAACUUCACAGGCAUCAGGGCUGGGCCUGGGCUUGGUUUUGAAACUGCAGGCCACAACAACCUUGAGACUGAACUAGAGGGGAUCCAGCAGCAAUUACAGCACUACCAGAACACCAAGCAGAACCUUUGGUCCUGCCAGCGACAAGCAAGCAGCCUGCGCAGGUGGCUGGAGCUGAGCCAGGAGGAGCCUAGGCCUGAGGACCAGGAUGAAGAGCAGCGAGUGCAGAAAGAACUGGAAGAGGUGGAACUACAGAUCCAGCAACUGGCCAAGGAGCUCCAGGCCCAGCGCCAACCCAUCAGUACCUGCAUUGAGCGCAUCCAGGCCCUGCGGCAGGCUCUGUGCUAGUGGGCUUACCCCAGGAAGACAGGUACCCUGCUGCAGGGGAGACCUCAAGCCACCUUCAGGAAUAUAAUACAAAGCUACAAUGAGUUUCAAACUUUUUUUUUUUUUAUUUCAAAAUGUCUUGCAAUUAAAUGAAUUACUGUUCAGAAGUCUCCCACUUUUCAUACAAAAAUACUGUGCUACUGAUACAGUUGAAAAAUUUCAAUGAUUUCUCCUGCGGGAGAAAUUUGCAGCAUCCCCAGGAUCAACAUGAAACCUGGUUCUAUCCCCACCACUGGGCUCAAGGCCUGCAAAUCUGUCACCUGGGACAGGUUUUUCUAAGUACUGACCCACCAUACACCAAUAGCUUUCAACACAGUCCUUGGAACAGCAGCAGCAAUUUCCCCUACUUCCUGUAAGGCUGGAUCUGGAGACAGGGACACCAG